AUGCUGUGGGUGCGCAACCACUUCUGGCCCGCCGAGAUCAUCCUCAUCGUCCACGUCUUCAGCCAGUCGUCCGCUUACUGGACGCAUUUGGGAUCCCCGCCCUUUGUCCAUCUCCCGGCCAUUGCGGGUCCCUAUGCCUGGGCGCUGACGGCUCUGUUCUGGAACGGCGCGGUUGCGGCCCAUGCCCACAACCUUCCCUCGCGGAUUGUUGCCAAUAUCCUCAUCUGGGUGAUCUUUGUUCUUGGGCAAAUCCACAUCUUUGCUGCCAAGGACUAUAUCUUUGGCUAUGCCUUGAGUUUCCUGACCCUCUCCCUCGCGGUGGAGCAAUUCCACAUCAAGAUCAUUGCCCUGCAGUGGAUCUUCGCUCUUGCCAUCUUCGCCGUCUUCUUCGUGGGCUCGCUCUACGUGUCGACGGUGGUCUACUCGAACCGUGAUAUCUUCUUCAAGCGCAUCGUGGCCCCAGAAUCGACUGAUCGUGAGCGGGAGCCUCUGCUCAACAACCAGUAA